AUGUCUGAAAUCUUUAUAAACAAGACACUUGAAACAAAUCAAAGGUUUCAAAAACCAGGCAAAUCAAAGAAUGAAUUCAACGACAUUAUAACAAAAGAUGAACAUAGUUUAAUCAAAGUAGAAUCAUUAAAGAAACUUUUACCAGAUUUGGAUGUGGUAGUACAAAAAGACUCACCAAUAUGUGGUUACACUAUGUAUAUAUUAUCGGAUUGUUGUAGAAAGGUUGGUUUGUUUGAAGAGUCGUACAAGUAUGGUAGCGAGUCAUUGUCGAUUCGUGAGGUUCUCUAUGGUGUCGAUUCAAAUGAAGUGUGCAUAUGUUUGGAUUUGUUGGCAUCGACGUCGCUUGAACGUGGCGAGUUUGAAGGUGCAAUCAAAUUGUUUAUCCGUUCGUUUCAACGCAAGGCUGUUGGCUCGUUUACGACAUACUCGCAACUAGUCAUUGACAUUAAUCGCUUUGCACUGCAAAUCAAUGAUCGCGGACACGGUGAAGGUGUCACUCAUAUCACUGACCUUUUCGGACAAGCCAUCGAUGUCUUGGUCAAAUUUGUACAGAAUAACGAGGCGUCCAAACUAGAGACUGAACGAUUCUACGAUUUGAAGAAAUCAAUCAUCACUCUAUGCACGGAAAAGGGAAAGGUUCAUGAAGAACAAAGAGAUUAUCAAUCUUCUGUUGAUUGUCAUAGAAUCAUUUUAAAUAAUAUACAUCAAGGUUCAAAGUAUGUAAAUAAUAAUAAUAAUAAUAAUAAUAAUAAUAAUAAUAAUAAUAAUAAUAAUAAUAAUAAUAAUAAUAAUAAUAAUAAUAAUAAGGAAGAAAGAUUAGCAUAUGAAUCAAUAAUACAAGCAUAUGUAAAAAUGAAUAAAUAUGAAGAGGUAAAGAAUAGUGUGUCACAGUUUAUACAAAUGGCCACCAAGUAUUACAAGAUCCCAUCGGUUGAUGCAUCGUCGGUGUUGUGGUUUUGUGCCAAAGUCAUGGAGGAGCAGUCGGAUAGAGCAUCACCUACACGACUGUGUGAUUUGGUCGAUGCACUGCGAUACUAUAUUUGUACAGUAAAAAUAUCAAGAGAGGUUGGAGGUGUCACCGUCGGUGAGGAUUCGCCAGCGGUCGCACAAAAAAAAUUAAGAGAAAAGGUCGAGACGAUACUCUUUAACAAUCGUCCGCUCAAACCCGAGGACGUCGCCAACAUGGUCGAAAGAAUGCUGCAAGUGACAACAAACGAUUUUCUAUUAAACGCCAGUAAAUCUCAAAACUGGUUACUCAAAUAUCUCUAUCCAGACUUUAUCGCCGAAGAUGCCCUCAAGGAAAAGGCAGACACCCUUCCAACAAAACAAGGUUUCCUAUCAAAGGAAAAUGGUUUAAUGAAAGGUUGGAAAACAAGAUGGUUUUGUUUGGAUAGAGAUAUUUUAUCUUAUUAUAAAUAUCAUAAUGAUCCAAAACCACAUGGAGAGAUUAAUGUAUUAGAGAUUAAAUUGAUAGAGGUUAUACCAAAGGAAAAGAAAUUAAAGACACAGUUGCAUUGUUUCCAAUUGGUGCAUCCAAAACAUACACUAGUGUUGGGUGCCGAAAGUUCAGAUGUCAUGAAUGAAUGGGUUGCCGUUUUGAAUCGAGCUAAACAAUAUUGGGAGGAUUGGAAUUCAAACAUGUCACUUUCUUUAUAA